AUGGAGCUUGUGUCUAUCACGGCAGGGAUAAUACGUCCCGUGAUCGUUGGACGACAGAUCGUACGGUCCUGGGCCAGCCUCGGAGGCCCGGCUUGGCGUGAGGCCGAUCAGAUAGCCAGGGAAUUUGAGGCGCAAAGUGCCAUCUUGCAGGACACACUCGAAGUGCUCCUCUACAAGGCCAUCGCACAUGCAGAGAUCGAUGAGUUGCUCUCAGAUCCAGCAAACCCGAAAUGGCAAAGCUCAGAAAUUAACGAAGCCUUGAAGCAAAGACUGGGCGAGUUUGGAAACGAAGUGAUUGUCCACCAUAUCCAGAGCCUGCCCGAGACCCUCAAAUCUUUGGAGGAGUCAAUCCGCGUCAUCACUGAAAAACUAAAAGGCAGCCCUUGGCUCUCUUGGCGGGUAAAAUGGGCGCUCAUGCAGAAAGGGAUUCGGCAGGCAUUGCAGGAUCUGAGCUACUUCAAUCGAGACUUUCGGUUUAUAGCACAAACGCACUUGCUUCACGAGUCGAUUCAGGCGAGCCAGGGGAUGUAUGCGAGACAGGCGAUACAGAACGUCAACGAUGUUUUCGAGAAGUUUCACUGCCUCCAAGUGAUCGCUCAAAAUGCGGAGGCCAUUGCAACUGGUGAAAUCACCGAUCCGGUGGGCGUCGACGACGCAUUUAGUUUAUACAGUGUUGAAACAGAGGCCGGGAGGGAGGACGAAGCAGCAACUCUAAGCUUCCUGGCCUUGUCCCUUGAAGCAGCAAAUGGGACCGCUCCGCGCUUGGAGAAAGACGCCCUUCUUGACACGGGCGCGACUGCCUGUGCGAUCUCGGUUUCGCUCGCCCGAGAACUUCAGCUCGACAUCGAAGAGGAUGAAGAAGAACGAGAAGUACACACAGCCGCCCUGAACCUGACCCUACGCAUAGCAGGAAAAGCUCAGGUUAAGAUGCGAUGGAAGGACAGCAAGGGUGUGAGAUGUGGCACCAAGAUAUGGGUCUACGUUGUGUACGGGCUGUGUCAAGCCGUGCUCCUGUCACACGACUUCAUAUACAACCAUCCAGAAGUAUGGCAUGUCGCAAGGAAAGUGAUCAGGUCGGCAGAGGAGCUACAAGUGUUGUGGUUUAAAAAGCGCAGCGCCGAAGAUCAGAAGACGCAGCAAGGACUUCGGGCGAAGCGACUCGAAGAGAAUCGGGCCAGAGCCGAUGCCUCCAGUCCCCGAGCCGCCGGUUCCGCACAAAGCCAAGGAUCGAGCUCGCCAGGAGCAUCUGUAGCAGGUUCCUCAUCGACAUCCGAUCCCGCUUUGGCACUCCCUUCUGUGGCGCAGUCAACAGGCGGUGGAGAAUAA